CUCUUUCUCUAGAACUUCUGGCAACACUGGUGUUAUUCGCAUGUUGCUCUGGCUAAUUUUCUUCGGAAGAGUAGAGUAGAUAUUAUGUAUAUUUACAUCUAUAGGAAAAGUCACUAAAAAGUUGAUAAAAUAUAAUUAAUGUUGAAUCGUUUCAACUUCUUGUAAAUGGUAGUUUAUAACUUUUUUUUUAUUUUGACUAUAAUAAUAUACAAAUUAAAUGGAUAAGGGCAAAUUUAAAUGUUAGCUGGAAAAUAUUUUGAAAGCAAACUCUCAUCGCCGUCAACAGAGGAUGAAGAAGAUAUCGAUAUUGAUUAUGAUUAUCAAGAAGUGCGUAGUUUUGAUAGAAGCAGUGCAGGUUCAAUACCCUGGGCAGAAGAUGCCAUUAAGCAAAAUCAACAGGAAUGGGAGCGUGUAGAAAGCUAUUUUUGCAACGAAAAUCUUGAACAUUUGCCAACGGUGGACAAAGAACUAUUCCGCGAAAUUCUCGAAUGGAAAAAGUUUUUUCCUUACGCAAAUAGACAUGCAGCAAAUAAAAAAAAAGUUUACCAUACAAAAAAAGUCGCAGACAAAAAAUUACCUGAAAAUUAUUUAGAAAGUGAUAAUGAAACGUUAGUUGAAUAUUCUUUUGACAAUUUAAAAUCAAAAAAAACCCUAUUACGAGAUUCAAUAUACAUACCAAAAAACAAAGAACAAGAAAUACGAAAUACCGAAAAACAAUCCGCAAAAUCCGUAAACUUUCCUAUCAAAUUAAUAAAUGAUUCAAGCAUGAAUACCUUAAACAAGAAUUUUGCUAAAAAUCUACGAAUAAGCUCAGUUCCGAAAAGCAAUAAACGGAAUUCUAUAAAUCAUAAUAACUCAUUUGUUCCAACGGUACAAAAUUUACAAACUCAAACUAUUCCAAUGAAAAUUAUUCAGCGCCAUUUUCCUAACCCUAAUUUCCAUCCAUUUUAUCCUAGCCAAUCGGCGAAAUUUUUACUGGAAAAAUAUCCAAAUUCAGUUGUUACAAUUGAAAAGAAAAUCUCACCACAUUCAGCAACUUACUUUCGUAUGCCACCUGUGUAUAAUCACAAUCACAAAGGAAAAGGAAUACCUGCACAAUCAUCUUAUCAAAAUCGCUUAGUUAAUCAAAGUCACGGAUAUGGUAGUGUAGGAGUAUCACGAUUAGCCACUAGUGUAUCUAGUAAACAAGUUGUACUACCAAAUUUACCUUCGCUAAAUGCGGUUCAUUCUAACGAUGUGCCGUUGCAAUCAAAUUUAAGAUCAGACGUAAGAUCUAUAUCAGCAAUCAAUUCUAAGCAUUAUGGAAACAGGCAAAUUAAAACUAUUUCAGAUUUAAAGAGAAUAGAAUAUUUGCCUUCAUUAAGUGCUUCAAAUAACUAUAAAUACCAUCCAUAAAUUAAAGUUAAUUGAUUCACUAAAAGUUUAUUAUUUUGUGUACAAAAUUAAUAAAAAAAUAUUGUGUUUAAAUUAAGAUAAUUAAAAUAUUUUAUUAAGAAAAAUUUGGGACAAGUACGUAUUUUAAGCAAAAUAACUUUACUUAGGGAGUACCUACCUAAAUUGUGAUUAGAAGAAAUUAUUAUUUUUUUGAAAUUGGUAAUAUCGUGAAUUCAAAUUUGCUGUCUUAUUGUGUUGCCACACAAUUUUGUUUUCAAAACCUUAAAAAUAUUUUGCCAGCUGAUUGAAUUUAAAAUAAAAUUGAAAGAUUUAUUAAUCGGCAUCUAAUUUAAUCAAAAUUAAAAUAUUUGUUUAAAUAAACUUUUAUUAUAUUUAUAGAGGUAAUUUGAAGUGAAAAAUUUAUUUAUCGGUUUUAAUAAAUUAUCUAAUUAAUAGGUAUAUAAAA